AUGAAUAACGGUGGGCGUCCAGCAUCCGAAAAUAUCUUUAGUGAGGACGUAAAAGACCCUUCACUUUUCGUGAUUCACUCCUCAGACGAAGACAAUGAGGAUGAAGAAGCGAUCGAACAGACAAUUCGGACGCCUCAUAAGGUUGAUUUAAGGGGACGAAGAGUAAAUGACACCAACGAUAUUAUUAGUGACAAGAUAAUCCGCCAAACCAGAUUGGACGACGAGCUCUAUGAUCAAAAAUUAAAGACCAAUAGUAUACUUACCGAAAUCAACAAGAUUUUUGAUCACGCAAUUACUGUUCCAUUUGCUCAUGAUGUUAAAGAAUACAGAUCAAAGGAGUCGAGAUACUGCUGUAACGAUGCAGAAACCUUACGAAAUAUCGGAGUGCCAUCUGCUGUUUUGCCAGCCGAUCUGAAGAGUAAACAAAAGCGUGUUGAUGUUACUUCAUCAGGUAUGACAGCAACGGGGAAACGCCAACGCAAGAGGAAUGUGCGAUAUGUCUUCGACGAAGCAAUCGUAUUGUCUGAACAGGAAUCAGAUGAAGACUACCUGCCUAGUCAAAUUCCGCUAUCUACACGGUUACCGCCUGUGCAUAGACGUGUCUCAGCACGGAUUCGUGAAAAUAAUGGUCUGCGUGGUAGCAUGACAGAUUCCGAAAGUCCCCCCGCACUUCACGGGAGUCCAAUGAUCUCGAAUGACAAGUUUUCUCAAAUUGCAAGGGCAAUAGCAACAGUGAAACACAAAAACGUAUCCUGCAAGCACUUGAAACAUACGGGCUCCAAGAGGAGUCAACCUGCAAUAUCGCAAUGUGAGUUAAUUGAUCACAGUAUUUCUGGGGGCAACUUAAGUAAACAACUGCGGCUUAACACCAAGGGAUACCAAAAACAUAAAACAGACGUUAACAAGAAAGAGGGUGACGAAUAUGACCCAUCACGCAGUAUGUGCCUUAAAUUCGUAAUUCUGGAUGAAAACCAGACCGUGAUAAAAGAUAAAAGGCUUGAUAAAGUCUUCGUGCGGCACGACGAAACUAUAGGCAACCUUGCGGCCAAGUUUGGGAAAUUGUUUAAUCUAGACGAAAACAAAUACAAGGAUGUAACAAUAUACGUAGACGGGGAUAUCCAAUCACAUGAUGUAACAAUAGGGGACGAAAUGCUUGGAAUGGAGGACGGAAUGCAGGUUGAUGUGAAGUUUCCACCGAAAACUGUGGAAGAAAAUGGCAAUAUGCAAUAUAAAAAUGGUAAAAGAGCUGAUGAUGGCCUAACGGGCGACGCCGUUAUCGCGGAAGGUGUAAAGGUGAACGUCUCCACGAAUAUGGAACUUUCGGCCGAACAACCACCAACACACCACGAAAUUAUUGAAAUUGACUGA